AUGUCGAUAACGGCCUCCACCUCAUUCUACUUGAAGUUGGCCAACUCGCUGGCGAUGUUCCCAUUCGAGAUUCAGAAAAGUCCACGUGGCAAGAUAAGUUUCGUGUACAACGCGAAAUCUUACAUAGCCAGAAGCCUCAUGAAAGCCAUCAUCUGCUUUACGGCUCAACUCAACUUGACGAUGGAUUAUUUGGUCAAGGAACACUUUAGUUUAUCCUCGUGGGCGUUCGCUUUGGCCAAUUUCAUUGUGAUGUUCAACUUGGUGUGGAUCUACUCUUUCUUGAUUUAUUAUAGGAAUAAAGUGAGGAACUUCUUCAGGAAGACAAGGAGCUGCACUACAGAGAUGCAAGAAUGGAUAUCGUCACGUCCACAUUACAAAGUCGAUUAUAUUGUUAUACCACAGUUAACCUUUUGCUUUUUCAUCUUAAUUUACCAUUGCUAUUCCUUCAGCGUUUACGAUUUUUUCAUUUACACUUUGGGAACUACCCUUCCGAACAUUGCCAUCUGCUUGGCCAUCUUCCAAUUCGUCGAUUACGUCUUACACACGAAAUCUUACUUCGUUCAUCUCAAUAGAGAACUCAACUGUGCUAAAGACACGAAUCACCUCGAAUACCUCCUCCACUUCUACAUUCGUCUACUCUCAAUCACAAAAGAGAUCAACAAAGCUUUCGGUUACCAAAAUAUCUUAGUGAUAACCAAAAGCUACAUUUGGAUCUGCUACCAGUUGUACUACAUCCUUGUUAUCUUGAGGAACGGUUUUGCGGAUCGCUGCGAAUUUCGUAAUUUUUUGUUCGCCAUCUCGUGGAGCGCCGUCGAGGUGAUCUCGGUGACGAGCAUCCUGAUUACCUGUGACCUCACUAAGUGGGAGAUCGAUCGGUUUCGGGUGCUCUUUGUGUCGCGCCUCGGGAAGACCGGAGGUGAUCAGGCCGAUAUUAAGAGAUUACUGCUGAAGCUGCUCAACUCGGAUUUCGUGUUUAAAGCUCGAGGAUGGUUCGAUCUCAAUGUCGCCUUCAUCUUCCAAAUUUUGGGCGGUUGCAUAACAUUAAUUUCAAUUAUGAUCCACUUCGCUCCGUCGUUAAAUCCAGAGGCGGAAUCCGCUUAGGAUGAGGCCCCCGUAAGGAUGUAAACAAAAUUCAGAAUUUACAUAUACGGAGAGGGUCUGCUGCUACUGCUGCGCCGAAUAAGGCUAAUCCCGAGCCUCGAAAACCGGAGGACUUUCCCUUAAACAGAAACGGCAACCAAUGUGCAUCGUGUUGUAUUUAAUUGUUAAUGCCGCAUCGGGGGAUUUCCGUUCCUUUAUGGAAGAGUAGGAUGAGGAUGAGGAGGAAGACCCACCAACCUCUGGGAUUUAUAAGCAAUCCACUUACACACAAAAAAAAUAUACAUUCGUAUAAUAUAAUUCGAUUAACGUUUGCCACUUUUUCCACUCAUUUUUUUUUUAUUUGGAGAAGAAAUGGAAUGCACAAUAGCUUUCGCAGAUGGUGAAGCUUUUAUACUAAUUGUGCAACCCACGUAGCAAAUUCAAAUGACGAGGCGACGUACGUACACGAGGAAGCUUUUUAAUUGCCGUCCUCCUAGUUUAUAGUAUACUUAAGUAAUUGUAAAAUACUUUAGGUUCUGUGUUUUCGAGCAAACUAUAAA